AUGGCUCAGCAGCAGAUCAGUCUUCCUGCUAAGCUUAUCAAUGGUGGCGUAGCAGGCAUGGCUGGAGUCACCUGUGUGUUUCCUAUUGAUCUGGCUAAAACCAGACUGCAGAACCAGAGAGGAAACCAGCAGGUCUACAAGAACAUGUGGGACUGCCUCAUUAAAACAGUGAGAUCUGAAGGUUACUUUGGCAUGUACAGAGGUGCGGCUGUGAACCUAACCCUGGUUACCCCAGAGAAAGCCAUUAAACUAGCUGCCAAUGACUUUUUCCGACACCAGCUCAGCAGAAACGAGCCAAAGCUAACCGUGUUCAAGGAAAUGCUAGCAGGGUGUGGAGCAGGAAUCUGCCAGGUGGUUAUAACCACUCCUAUGGAGAUGCUCAAGAUCCAACUCCAGGAUGCAGGAAGACUUGUUGCACAGCAGAGGAAGCUGGCCAUGUUACCCACCAUGAAGCUGGGAGCAGCCAGCACAGUCUUGAGUUGCUCCUACAGUGUGGGUCCCGCUCCUCAGAUCAGAAGAAUCUCCGCAAUGCAGAUUACCCAGGAGCUGUUACGUACAAAGGGCAUCCAGGGGCUUUACAAAGGCCUUGGCGCAACACUAAUGAGAGACAUCCCAUUCUCUGUGGUGUACUUCCCCUUGUUUGCCCACUUGAACCAGUUGGGCAAGUCCUCAGAGGAUGAGGCCGCACCAUUUUAUUGGUCCUUUAUUUCUGGUUGUGCAGCUGGCUCUACGGCUGCUGUGGCAGUCAGUCCUUGUGAUGUGGUAAAGACUAGACUGCAAUCCCUCAACAAGAGUGCAAAUGAAGAAAGCUACAAUGGAGUGGUAGACUGCAUUAGAAAGAUCAUGAAGAAAGAAGGACCAUCUGCUUUCAUGAAAGGAGCUAGCUGCAGGGCUCUGGUCAUUGCCCCACUUUUUGGUAUUGCUCAAGUUGUUUAUCUUGUAGGGGUUGGAGAAUUCCUUCUUGGCCAAACUGCUCUUAACCUCUAA